ACACAGGUGCAAAAUAAUUUUAGACAAACUAAACAUACAGAUAACAGGUAUUGUCGCUGUGAAUUUAGUGAAGUAAUUUUCCUUCUUAUAAUAUAAUGUGCUGACUACAAAGUUGCUUGAAUAGCAGGACCAAGAACUCGUAAAGAACGUCUGCCGCUUAUUUUACUUGGCACCCUCGAAACCGCCAUUAGGAACGGACGUUGCUUUUACGAUUUCAUUGUCCAGGAUGCUGACCAGACAUUGAACACUUUGUUUCGGCCAGGUGGAAUGGCCGCCAUGUAGGCCGUUCAACGUCGGAUCCAAAUUCCCGCCGUCUAGACAGCCUCAACCCUUUGAACCCAGUCGACGACGCUUUAGUUGGCAGUCCAGCCAGUACGGAAUGGUUGCAUACUCCAGGCAAUUCGUGCGGAAAUCAGUUUGUUCUCUAAGCUACCCGAAAUGUGCUUGUCUCGGUAGUGUAGCUGAGACGGGACGUAAAAAAAAAGUCAACUUGUACCGAUUGUUUAGUCUAAAUCUGUCUGAAAAUGUGUUUAUGGUCCAAGUUUUAAAUAUGUGGCUGAAGAAGCUUAGGGUGUUGCAACAAGCUAGACAUUCUAUUACCGGACGUAGGCCUAAUGAAUGGUGAAGAACAACUUACUACUAGUAUUUCAGGCCCUCCUUUACGCACUACACUGAAAAGUUGUUUAAUAACCACUUUAACCGACACUACGCCUCACUGAUAAAGGACGUAAGACCGAACUCUCAUGCAUCCUUCAAUGGUGUGUUACAGUCUGCCACUCUGUAGUAGUCCAUCAAUGGAACAAGUUCGUGACUACCUUAACCACUGUCCUGUGCCUGUCACUUCUGAUGCCACACCCACAUCAGUGCCUGGUCCAGGUUCUGGUUCCGGAUCAUCCGGGCCUCCCCUGUCAGCCUUAGGUCCAGCAGGAUGCAUGGGAAGCCGAAUUCUUUCCCGUAAUGUAAAUGGUACAAUCGCCAUGACGUCUCAGCCCUCUAACGAGUCAGAACUCCAGCUGUAUAGAGUUUUACAACGGGCCAACUUGCUGUCUUAUUACGACACCUUUAUUUGUCAAGGUGGAGAUGACGUACAGCAGCUCUGUGAAGCAGGCGAAGAGGAAUUCCUGGAGAUUAUGGCCCUGGUUGGGAUGGCUAGUAAGCCUCUUCACGUGCGACGUCUCCAGAAAGCACUACAAGAGUGGGUAAACAAUCCUGCCAUGUUUCAAGCACCUUUGAUUCCCAGUUUCCUUCCAAACCCUUCUAACCACCCGCUAAACAUGCCUUCGGUAAGUCGGCCGGGACCAGGACCAGGGGGCGGUGGUAACAGUGGUGUCAACGCUCUCCUGCAACCAACCGGGUUGCCACUUCGCCCCAGCCCGCCAGUCCCCAUGCUCCCCUCCAGCAGCCAGUCCUCCCCUUCCCCUGGAAGAAAGGACACAACCUCCCCAUGCCAAUUACAGCAGCAACAACAACAACAUCCCAAACAUCAAUCACAACAGCAUUUCAACCAGACAUUUUUUCAACAGGGCGGAGGAGAUUACGGCCAGCCGGGUUCCCCCAUAAACCUUACGCCGGUUCUUGUUGAAAGUCAAAUCCAGCGAUUAGCGGAGGCAGCAGAGUGGCUGGUCAAGACGUUACCACCUUUUGAACCUAAACCUCAAAAUAACAAGAAGAAGAUUAGUAAAGAUUUAGAGUAUGUAAUGACUAUGGCUGAGGACGAUCCACGUCGUAUGGAUGAAAUAAGAAAAUAUGCUGCCAUCUACGGUCGGUUUGACUGCAAGAGAAAGCCUGAAAAACCACUUACUCUGCAUGAGGUAUCUGUAAAUGAAGCUGCUGCUCAAAUCUGUAAACAUAUCCCUACCCUUCUGACCCGCCGGGAUGAACUUUUCCCUCUGGCUCGGCAAGUGGUACGAGACAGUGGCUACCAGUAUUCUAAAGGCCAUUCCAGUUUGGAUGAUACUUACAGGUCGCAGAGCUAUAACAGGUCUUUUGAUGAGGAAAAUUGCAAACACCCUAGGCUUGAUCCAAGCCCUAACAGUAUAACAGACAAAGCUCAACUUGAAGAAGAACGAAAGAAACGUCAGGACAGAUUAGAGUUCAUAGCUGAACAGCUGAAGACUUUAGGUCAUCAGCAAGAAGAAAUGAAGAUUCGACUGCAGCAGGCUCGGGAGAUUCAGGAUUACACUGGAGCCAAUCAAAUCCAACCUCAGCUUGAACAGAUCUCAACACAACAAAUGCAGCUGAUAAAUGAACAAAGUGAACUUAAUAAACAGCUGAGAAAAAUUGAAAGGCAAUAUUCUUUUGGAAGAGGGUAUAGCCAAAUGUCUACAUGUUCAGAACCAGAAAAAGUGGAUACAGAUGAUACAGACUCCCAGUUUUCAGUUUACAGCACACUCUCUUCCCCAGCCUUGAGCCAGGAUAAUCAGAACUCUCCAUCUCAAGACUCAAGCCACUCCCUCCAGACCCAAGAUGUAUUCACUGCAAUGAGAGCUGCAUCAGCUAACAAAAGAACAAAUGCCCAAAUCACAAAGCAGUUGGUACAGGAAACUUUAAUGGAUGAAGGGCUUCGAGUCAUUAAAGAGCUGGCCAAUCAGAUAAAAGAUGAAUCCGAGGUUCAUGUUAUAAGCCCCCCUAAGCCAGAGGGCCGCCCUCGGGGACGACCACCAAAGUUAAGUAGAGACUAUGUGAGCACAGCUUCUUCUACUGGAGUUUCUUCUGGUGCUCAUAAUCGAAUGAUAUCCCCCUCUUCAAACUCGUGUGUGACAACACUCUCAAGAUCUGUUUCUGGUACUUCUCCACAGAUUAUACAUAAUGGUUAUUCAACACCCUUGAAUGGGUCAGUGGAAACAGAUAAUUAUCAUCACAGGAAUAGCACCAUCUCAACUGUUCAAAAUGCCACAAAUGGGAUGGGUGAUCUGGAUGAUAAGCCUGGUCAGAAUGGCACAUAUGAUGGAAGUAAACCAGUAGAAAACAGUCUGAAUGCUCUGGUUGCUCUUUCACAAAUGGGGAUUAAACAGGAGCCAACAUCACCUUCUACCACCCUCAAAAUGGAUUAGUAGUUCAAUAAACUGAACCAUGAAGUGUUGAAAAGCACAGCUAAAAAGGAGUAUUGCCAAGUUAAUUUCAAAAAGUCCAAGAAUUAAAUAGUAUAUAGGCAGAGCUAUGUGAUAAAAGAACUACAGCAAGAUGACUGUGGUAAUAUUAAUUUUAAAUUCCAAGGCUUUUGUUUUCCUUUCCAUAACACAGCAUCCUUCCAGCUUUCCUUGUUAAGCAAUUUUUAACCCAAGCUUAUGAAAUUUGUGCAAUAAGUCAUGUCAUUCCCUAUCCCUCACAUGGUAUAGGGUGAGACCCUGUAAAUGUGUGAAACUGGCAUAGCCAGCAUGUCCAGAAGCUGUAGUCAGAUGAACUGAAAAGUUAGGUAUGAUCUUGUCUGUGAUGUUACAUGUCUUCUGGCUGUGAUCUGCUGUGGUGGUCAAGGAAACUGCCCAGUGGCCAGUAUAGGUGUAGUGAUUUGAAGAUGCAACAUUUGUGUAGAAAAAAAAAAUUGGUAAAAUAAAGGUCCUAGACCUUUUUAUCAAUGUUAUAUAAAAGUUUAGUUGAUAGUGAAGUGUUUGUAGUAACUUAUUAAAGUUAUCAAAAUUGAGUUAGGGUACAAAUUGUGCAGUCGUCGUAGUGAAUCUGUGUUUGUCUCUCUUGAAGUCUGCAUUCCCUGUAAGACAGCUGAUCGUUGCUGUCUUUACAUUGGUGCUGUUAAAAGUUUGGGAGAAAGUGUACCAUCCCUUGAUUUAACAUAAUUAAUUUGUUUUAUUUGUAAUUAAUUUGUUCUAUUUGGCCAUUUUCAUGAGAAGAUUUUUAUUUUCAGCUGAAAGUAUGUUUUGUUUUUUUUCCAUUUCUGUACAAUAUUUGUAUGAUUAUUCACAGGAGUCUUUAAAGAUUAUUUAUUUAAAAAAAAAAUGUUCUAAUAAAUAAAAGUAACUAAUAUGUAAAUAGGUUAUUAAACCUAUGAGCCACCUGCUGUUAUUUUUUUGUUUUAUAUAAGAAUAUGUGCUAAGUUUGCCAUAUCACUGUUGAAAGGCAAUGAAGUAUUAUGCAUUCUCAGAAGUGUUUAAAACUAUGACUCAAAUGAUGAAUAUAUAUCAUUGGCAAAGAUACCAAGUAUUGUAGUUAUGAAAAAAUUAUUAAAGAAAUUGAGUGAGAGAGGAGCUGCAUAGUUUGAAUUAAAAAUUUAUGUUCCCUUUUUAUAAUCACUUAUAAUCUGAUGAAUAUCAGCAGGUGGUAAUAUUUCUGGAGGUUUGGUACAUUUUCUCUGGCUGUCAGAUGCAAAUGUAGCUUUUUGAAAUAAGCAGCACUGUUAGUUAUUGAAAGAGUACAACAGAAGACAGUGCUAGUUUGCAUCAGGUUAAAGGACACUGUCAUUUUAUUUUGCCAUAAAUGGAUGAAACCAGAAUGAUAUGUGAUACCAUGUGAUAUUUGUAAGUCAUGAUUGUUUCAUUUCUUAGGGAACGGGGUAUUAUUGUGAUUAAAAUUUGGUCAUGUUAGUUUAAAAUGUUGUGUAUUGAUGUAAAACUUAUCAAAUACUUAGCUUCAUAUUCCAUUUGACUUCAAAAGUCAUGUGAUCAAAACCAGAAUAACCGAUGGGUAAAAUUAACAUUUGUUUGGAAAGAUGUAAAAUAUUUUUAAAAUGUUUAACUCAUUAUAAUGUAAUAUUAGUAAAGUGAAUAAAGAUUUUGGUUUUAAGCUAUACUGAAGAAUUUGACUUUAAGCAUAUUAAAUAAACUUAUUUUGGAAAUUUAUAUGUGCCUUCUAAAUUUUACAGUAAAUUUAAUAUCUUCCCCAUUAUUACAGUGAAACUGCUGAGUUAAGUAAUGAGAAAAUUGGCUGCAUAAAGUGACUUCAAGGUUUCUUAUGUAAAACAAGUCAAAAUUAUCAAGUUUUGAAAGUUAUUACAUAAAGUUACUGUUUAAUGACAUUUCUAGGAUGUAUAUUUUGUUUUUGUUUUUUUAAAUUCCUACAAAGAAGUUGUAAAAUUUCAUUUGAACUAAGUUUUACUGAUCUUUAAAAGAGGCUUAGCAAACUAGUAGACUGUAAAAAACAAAAGUAAAGAAUAAUUUGAACAGAUGUAAUUGUUCUGGUACUUUUAACUAUAAUCUUAGCAGAUUAGACAACUGUUAUGAAACCAAAUCUUUUAUCAUUACCAUUUCCAACAACUGCAAAAUGAGGAAAAAUGAAAGAUUCCCAUAGUUCCAUACCAAUGUUUUUUAAAACAUCAUUGUUAAAUGUAAAUUUUAAAAGUUUUCAGGCUUGUUUCUGGUGCUUUAGAUAUCACUUCUGUUAUUCUGGUUUUGACACAUUUUUUCAUUUGUUCUAAGAUACAACUUUUGUUGUAAAACUUUGUGGUUAUCAGUGUGUGUGAUAAGGUUGGCCUAGCCUUCCUGUAGUCCGGUAAAUUGACCAAAGAUAUAAUUGACCUUUCAUGCAUGUUGUACUAUUAGCAAGUUAGUAGAGAUUGUAGCCUGCACAGUGUUUUUAACCGUGUAUAUUUCCUUCAGACAGAGGAAUGAUUCCCAUAAUUAAAAAUUUAUAAAGUAAACAUCCAGAGAUUAAAUACUAUUGAAAGUGCAUAAACAGCAUUUAGCGUUUUUCUUUAAAUGUAUUUUAUUCAGGAAUUCUGAUAGUUUCUUUGUAUGUUUUCUUAGUAUUACAUACCAUACCUAAAUUAUUUUGAAUUUCAGGAUAGCAGGAAGUAUUUUGUAUGUUGAAUACUUUGUUAAAGACUAGUGCAAGACUAUAUAUUUCACUACAUUUUCUAAGUAAAUAAAAACUGAACAAUUCAAAGCGAUUUAAUGUCUUAGCAAAGGAAAAGGCUGAGAUCAGUUUGUAGAUCAAGUAGUUGCAUUAGUGUCUUUAAAUUUAUAGUGGUAUAUCAGUUUGUUUACAGUUUUAUUCAGUAAUAACCACUGUUUUUUGUUACUUUAUUCUAUCUAAAAGCCUUGUGAAUGAUAUUAUGAAUGCUCAAAUAUUCAUCUAAGCUCAAAGGGUAAUCAGUUACAGGUGACAUUUCAUAUAUAGUAUAGCUAGAUAGCUCUAUUACGUUGGGUUUGAGUCUUAAAAACAAAUGUUUUAUUUACAGUUUGUUUCAUCAGUCUUUAGACUCUUAGGCUAAGGACCUGAAAUCUACAAAUAAUUGGCAUUGAGCUUAGAAUGUUUGAGUGCACACUUAUAAAGCAUUUGAGACUAUUAUUAUUAUAAUUUAAUAUCAACAGAAUAAGUCAUGUGGUACCACUGCCUUAAUUUAGUUUUAUUUUUACAAAAAAAUCACUUUGCAGUCAUAUGGAGUGUUUAAAAAAAAAGUAGCCCUUUGUUUCAUGUUUGAUGCUAUUUUCAAGUAUUCAGGAUUUACUGUGUUGAAAUAGAAUAGGUUUAACUCUACAUUAAUAGGCACGUUUUUAUUAUCUGUUAUGUAUCAGUAGAUUCUUUUUCACUUUUCUUAUAAGCAUUAUGUAUGUUUGUUUAAAAUUAUAUAUUGUUACUUAAAAAAAAACAUAAUGUGAUUUAAUGUCACACAAGUCAUUGUGCAUUAAUCCACAAUUUGUAUUAAAGACAUUACUUUGAUAUUGCAGAAUUUUUUGUUAACUAUUGGUAAUAACUGUUGAGUACAAGAUUAAAUUUCCUGAUGGUUGAUACAAUGGGCUACUUGUGAUCAGUAUCAAUAUUUCUGUCAGUAACAUGUAAUGCUUCAACUGUAGUAGAUUUCAUUUUGUAUAAAUAGCUUUGAUAGUGUAGUACUACGUGUCUUUAAGAUUCUUAAUAAUCCAUUCCAAAUUCUCACUGUGUAUAACACUUCUACUUUUUUGUAUUCCAUCUCCGGUGUGCUGUCUUUGGAAGCCUUCCAAAUUUUUGCCAAAAUUUAUUGGCCACGACCUGUGCUCUGUGGUGUUGGCAUAUUUACCU